UAAUGUUUUUAAGAGGACUGAUAAAUCUGAGAGCAGUUGGCUUUUGGCCUUCAGUGUUUGGACUAGUUGUUUUUAUUGCGGUUACAAGUAACUGCGUAUCAGGUAACAUGCUAUGGCUCUGCUUGGAAGAUUCUCAUUUGUACUUUAUCUCAACAUAAGUUGAAAUGUAAUUAGAUACGAUGACCGUUCUUUUCAAUAUAGAACAAUUUUUAAUGUUUUCCCAUUGAAGGCAAUUAUCAUGUUUUAUAAUGCGAAUCAUUUUUUAGGUUUCUAUUCUUUUUCUGGAUUUAAAAAAGGAUCUCACACAAAUUAUAUUACACUACAGUCAUGUUAUCCGUCGUGCGUCACCUUAAAUAGAUUUGAUCUUCAUUUAUAAUUGAUGAGGUUUGCAGCCACUUUUCAUUACGUAUACAGUAUUCUAUUACUACUGUAGUUGCAAUAUAUAUAUCCUAAUCAUGUCCUGUUCAUGAAUUUGUUUUUCUUCUGUUAGAUAACAAAGAAAAGAACAUAGUAUUGCUUUUUCAAGAUGUCACUCUUAGUCAGUGGAGAAAUGCAAAUAAAACAGCCGUUCUUCGGAGGAUCAUUUUGGAUGUUGUCAAUGAGUUUUGCCCCCGAAACCCUGGUAGAUGUUCUUUGAAUUUUUGGAAUGAAUCAAGGUACUGAAAGUUUCUUCUUUUAAUGUUGAGUUUUAAGAGCAGUAAUCAGGUGUUGGUGGUUGAAGCGGUGGAGGAGGUGGGGAGUAGGCAAACUGAGGCGUAGGGGAAUUUAACAAUUCCAGGGAAGCCAGGGUCAAAUUUUACCACUCCUAGUUAACAAAUUGAUGAGAAAUUACAACCCCCAGACAGUCAAAUAAUUGAGGCUGUUAGCAAAUAUGUCGAAGUCCCCACCCAGGGGAUUGCCCUUUUUAGCAGUGAAUCUUCCCCCUGGAGAGGUUGGAGUAGAUAUCCUAAUUAUAAUUAUAAUAAUUCUGGCAGGAUCUCAUUGUUUGCUUUAUAUAACUUGUAGAGUAAAAACGGGGCAGGUUAGGGGUCAUGUUCCAGCACGUAACAUGACACAAUGUCCUUUGGCAAGUUUAAGAUAAUUCUGAAGCUCACUGCAGGCUCAACUUGGGAAAGCCAAGGCAAUUUUCUUGCGCAAACUUAUUCAACUGAUUCUUAUUUUUAGGCAAUUUAUCUUGAGUCAUGUAGUCGUUGUGGAACCUCUGAAGCAAGAGGAUAAGGACAUUCAAGUGAAAGUUUUUGUUGCUCUUCCCGAUGGAAAAGACAUUCGAGAAGACGAUUAUGUUACUAUAGCUGGUUCAGUACUGAAGGAGAUUUUAGAGGCUUACAAGCAGAACUUAUCAUCCGCUGUUGGUGCAGAAGUGAAGUCUAUUAACACUGAAAGUGACUCAAGUGAUAACGUUACUGACAAUACAAUGAACUAUAUCAUGAUUCCAAUAACGUUUGCACUACUUAUUGUGUUGUGCUGCGUGGCAUUCUGUCUGCACUCUGCCAGGUACAUCAAUGCAUUAUCACUUAUAGUACUUAUCUAACUUUCCCCUUGUUACCAUGCAGACGUUGUUUUGGCUCGUCACGCAGUCUUCUGUGGGAAAGAAACGCGUGACAAAGCCCAAAGAACGUCUGCGUGGGAGGCUACCUCGAAAAAGAACCUACUGCGUCUUGACUACUGGUUCCUCCUUCAAAAGUCGUCCUAGGGAACACGAUCGGGGUUACCGGUUCGAAACGCCUAGGCUCUGUUUUUAAACCUAGCCCCACUACUGUCGUGCAGAACUCAAUUUUGUUGGCUGACUGAAUUGAAUUCUGCGUUGUAAACCCAGUCUCUACACGACUUUGACGUGAAAUUGUCUAUUUUUACUUUUUAUUGAGGAGAAACGACGACGAAAUUCUCUUUCAGCUUGUUUUCUUAAGAAUUCAACUCAAUAAGAGUUUCCCUACAUUAGACGAAAAGGGCGAGUGGCAAUAAUCGCACUGAAGUUUCAAAGAACGCGAAGUCACUUUUUUAAAAAAAGUGACCCAAUUGUGAAGUUUUUGCCUCCAUCACCGUCGUCAUGUAUCUUAAACUCCCUGGUGUUACAGUCUAGCCAGUGCCAGCAAUCACGCGGAACUAGCCCUACCUUAAUUGUCCAUUUGCUUCCUCGCAACGACCCAUCAUUAAAACCAACUCAAUCAUUUAGUUGACUAAAUACAUUACUGACGUAAAAUGUAGACACAGGAACACCAGUAACUGGUAACCACAUUAAGUAGUCAUCUGAACAACGAGAAUCUUCAACCUUUGUCAUUUUUUGCCUUAUAUGUUUUAACGCAAAAGCCAAAAUGGCAAUUUACCAGUCAUUACAUUACAGGUCAUUCAUCACAUUGCUUUGAAUUUUCAACAGUUUAUGGUGAAAAAAAUUAUUUCCACAGUAAAAGGAAGAAAAAGGCGAUUGAAAAAGAGCGGAGAAAGCAGUUGAGAUUAAAGAGAUUACAGCCUUCAGCAGAAGACUUUGAACGAGGGGAACAAUCAGUUAGUACAGCAGACGUCGUACAAAAACCAGUUGCAGCGCAAGGAACAAGAAGAAAAGAAAAGAGGACGAAGCAUCAAGAUGAGACAGGUGAUCACACACGGAAAACAAAGAAAACAACCACGAAAGGCAAACACAAGCGACUUAAAGAGGAAACCAUGCUUGAACGUGCAAUGCUUGGUGGUCAGCUGGAAAUUGGUGAAAGGGAAAGAGUACCGACACCAAUUCCUGGACACCGUUCGAUAAACAAACACACGAGAAAGAAAAAACAGAAGAAAGCUCACCGUGAACGUAGAGAACAUGACGAGGGGUACAGCGAGGGUAGCGACACAAAGCAAAAUGGUGAAAUAAACAAAGAGGAAUUGCUGAUAAGAAGCCUACCUCGCCCUCGACAGUUGGCACCUCUCCCAGAAAGAACUGAUAUCCAACUGUAAAAUAACAUUAUGUUACCAUCAGUAAAAAAUUUUAUUAGAUCACACAUACUUUUAAUAAAUCUUACAGUGACAUAAUAUAUACAGGAUUUUUAAAUGUAUACUGGGUGAUGUCACUGUAAGAUAACUUAGAAGUAUGUGCAAUCUAAUAAAAUUAUCUGAUGUCUAAUUCCCCCGCUAACGAUUGUCCCGUUAAUAAGACCACAUUCUUGGCCCAAACGUAAUGAGAAACUCUGUUGUUUUUGCCUUUUUUUCCUCGCCUCUUCCCGUUUUAUUGCCUACAUUAGCAUGAAGUCUACAAAUCAACGUGCCUUUAGGCCAUCCUCUUUUUUUCUCUGUUUAGCGUCGUCCGACCGACCCAAAUUUUUGGCAUUUUCCAAAAAAAAAAGUAACGACGUAGUUAAACCAUUUUUCUCUUGAAAUAAUUCUUUUAAUCUGAAAAAUGGUCAUACUAACAGCACAGAGAACAACAGGAACAAAAACAUGAACAUUUUUUACAGUAUAUUGUGC